AUACAUGUAUGAUGAUUUAGAAUGAACAGUCCAGAGGUGUAACAAAAAAGGCAUCAAAAUGUCUAAGAGUCGAAUGAAGAAGUUCAGUUUGUUUAAAAAGUUUGGGAAGAGUACAACUGAUUUAUCAGAAUGGAACAAAGGAGAUGAUAAGAUACUAAAAGCUGUAGAAAAUGGAGAUAUUAGUAAAGUGGAGGCCAUCCUUCAGAAGAAAACCAUUAACCCAACUAAACUUGGUAUACAUGGAUUUUCUAUAUUUCAUGUUGCCAGUAGAUAUGGACAUUUAGCUAUAAUAGAAAAGUUGCUAGAAUAUGGUGCUGAUGUAAAUUGUCUCACAAUCCAGGGUUCAACAGCAUUACAGCUAGCUUGUGGAUCAGGUCAUGUAAAAAUUGUAGAUAGAUUAAUUAAGGCUGGAGCAGAAAUGAAUUUGAAGGAUGGGCAACAGCUUACAGCUUUACACCAUGCAUGUAUGGGGUGCUACCAUGAAUGUGUUCAAGUUUUAUUGGCUAAUGGUGCAGACGUUUCAUUGGGAGAUCAGACUGGGAGAACUCCCCUAUUUUUCGCUGCUUUAUCAGGACAAGUAGAAAUAUGUAAAGAUCUCUUAGACAAAGAAGCCAACAUCAACAGCAUAGAAAAUAAUCAAAUGACUCCAUUGAUGGGUGCAGCAAAUCGAGGCCGCAAGGAAGUUUGUGAACUGCUACUUAAAAAAGGUGCUAAUCGAGAUCUCACUGAUGUCAGAGGUUUCACAGCAUUACAACAUGCUAUGGAAGAGAAACAUAAAGACAUACAGGAAGUAUUUAUCAAAGCACCUACCAUAGCAACAUGGGAUGUUCCUGGUACUACAUUGGACAGGAAAAAAAAAGACAUAAAAGGUGCUGAAGGUGGAGCAGAUACCUCAGAGAUGCCAGAGGCUGAUCAGGUUGAUAUAGUGGCUAAUUUUGUUGCUGAUACAUCUCCAUCACCUGGACCUCAGAGGAAAGAAGGAACUCUUCAGCAGGCAGCACAGAAAACCUCUAGCCAGCCAGCUGUAGACCAGAGAGCACUUCAAGCUUAUAAGGCUGGUGUACCUUCAAAGGAAUUAGAAGAGGAAAAUGAUCAGCUGAAUGAGGAAUUACAUAAACUGAGAAUCCAAAAUAUAAAAAACCAAGACAACAUUACAUCUCUACAAAUUCAACUCAAAGAGAAAUCAAAAGAAACUCAAGAACAUGAACUGAAGAUGAAAGAAUUAACAGAAAGUUUAGAAACAGAGAUGAAGAAAGUUGAAACUCUUCAACAAAAUUCCCAGUCAUUGUCUAUAAGUAAUACUCUUACAGAGAGUACAGAUGAUGGUAUUGAGACAGAUCAUUGGAAUGACAGUGAAGAAGAUCUGUUUGGUUCCUUAAAGAGAGGUAAAAAGUCCAGUAAAGACAGUGACACUGAUGACAAACAGCUGAUAGCCUUACUGAGAAGUCAAAUAUUGACCUACCAGUCAGAAAAUGAACAACUUAAACAGAAAGUUACUGAGAAUAAAGAUGGUACAUCCACUGGCGACCAGGAAAUGGUUCAGAAAAUGGAAGUGAUGAGUCAUCAAUUAUCCCAGUUACAGAAACACAGAGAUGAUCUACAGGAACAAGUAGCAAUGUAUAAAAUGACCAACAGUACAGAUGAAUGUAAAGCCUGUUCUGCCAUCUUAGAUGAACUGAUGUCACCUAAGUAUAAGAAUACAGUAGAACCAUUCUGUAACCAUGACAACCAGUCAGACUUAGAUCUUAAGGUUGUUCAGGACAAUCUGAACAGUGGGAAAUACUCUUCUUUGGACAGUUUUGUGUCAGAUGUAAGGUUAAUUAUCACCAAUAGUUCACAGUCAGAACAGUUAGCAGAGAAAGGACAAGAAUUAGAGACCAUAUUUAACAAUAUUUAUAGUUCUGUCAAGGGUAAAGUGUCUAAUGGAACUGAUAAACAUGUUCAUGCAGAAGACAGAUCAGUUACAGUAAAUAAUGAACUUCCGGUUUCUAGUAGUGGUAUUCAGUUGGAAAUUUCGAAUGACAAAUCUGAAAUUAAUGAGUUACGGACAGACUAUGAUCAAUUGAAAGAACAAAAUAAUAUGUUACGACAAGAUUUAGAGACUCUGCAGUCAACUUAUGAAAAGUUAGUGCAGGCAGGUGACAAUCUUCAGGAUAUGUAUGAUCAAUUGUUAAUAGAGAAAGACCAACAAUAUAAUGAAAUGGAAAAGUUAGCUAGGGAAAAGGAAGAAAUUGUUAAAGAGAAUGAAUUCCUAUUGUCUGAAGGUAAUGCUAUGCAUGAUGAUUUGGAAAAACUUGUUCAGGAAUUAGAAGACAUUCAAGAGAAAUUCAAAAUUGUUCAGGGUGAAAAGGAUGAUUUGGAACGGAAACUUGGAUCGAUGAAUGUACCAGCUAAGGCAAGUGAAAUGGCUAAAAUCGUGGAGGAGAGAGACAAAUUUAAAGAUCAGUGUCAAGAAUUACAGACAGAAAAUGAACGACUGAAACAUGAUCAUGAAAUAGUCCUUGAAGAGGUUCAGAGCAUGCAGGAGCAAUGUAAUCAGCUACAGACUGAUAAUGAACAAAUGACGCAGGAUUUUGAGACGGCACAGGAGGAGUUUGAUCAGCUAACACAACAACAUGAGGGUCUACAGCAGGAUUAUAAUCAAUUAGAACAAGAUUACUCAGAACUCCUUGCUGACAAAGAAAAAUUAGAAACAGAAUUCCUAGAAGUUCAGACAGCCAGUGUUAAAGAACAAAAUCCAUUAGCCGAGGAAGAAACUGAAGAAUUAAAACAAGAAAAUGAAAUGUUAUCAUAUGAAAAAGAUCAACUGGAAAUGACAAUUAAGGAAUUAUCCAAAAACAAUGCACUUUUGGAAGAAAAGUUAGAGAGGAAUAGGGGUGAAUUAGGAAAAACGUUAGAAAAAUUAAAAAAGGAAGCUUCCUUACGUGUUAAGCAUGAUACAGAUGCUAACACAGAUAAAGAGAAACAGAUCAAAUCUUUACAAGUCCAAGUCAGUCGACUUCAACAACAACUUGCCGAGACAGACAGACGUCACAUGGAUAUUGUCAAUACUUACAGAACACAUCUCAUCAGUGCUGUACAGGGUCAUAUGGAUGAAGAUGUCCAACAGGCUCUGUAUAACAUCAUAGAACUGAGAAGUAUGGAGGAAUAUUGCUGAUCUACCUUUAUGUUGAACUAUAUCUUGUGUUGCUCAUUAUUAUAAUAUGGAGUGUUACUAAUUUAACAGUUAUGUGAAAAAAUCAUUAUCAAUGGGAAAGAUAAUAAACACAUAUAUUCCUCUAUAUAUAUUUAUUAAUAUGUUGGUCUAUAGGUAAUAGUUAUUGUCCUGAUUCCAGAUUUGAUGGAUUGUUGGAAGUUUCCUUAGUGUUUAAUUUGGAUUUAAAAAGUUUUAAUUAGUUUAAAAAGGCUUCAAUACACGCAUAAAACUAUAAUUUUAGUUAUCAUUGAAAUUUGUGACAACUUCUGAAAAAUAACCCCAUCACCAAAUUUUCAAACAAUGUUGCCUAUAUUGAAUCAUUUUGCAUAAAAAAUAAAGUUCUGCCUUCCAAUGUGAGCAAUACUUUAUAUUAUGCACAAUUCACAUAAAUGCAAUAGUCACCAAUCAUUAUAUCAACAUAUCACUACACAGUAUUAAUCAUACAUUCCACUAUUCUUGUCUAGUGUAGCUAUUGCUUGAUCUCAUCCUGUUCAGAUAUUUUAUUUAUAAAUAGUUCUAUUUUUAAUCAGAUUUUAAAGUCAGCAAGAAAUUAAAAGAAAUAUAGAUUAAAAGUGUAUUCAUUCCCUUUUCUUGUUGUCUGUUUUUUUUUAAAUGACAAAUAGUGCUGUUUGUUGAAUAAGGAAGAUAAAUUAAAAGAAAGUUGCUCCUUUAUCUCAUUCACUUAUUUUCGUUUCAAUUUAAAGGAGACAACAUAAAAAAAAUCUAUCAGCUUUUGUUUUUCUAUCAAAUCAGCACCCAUGCACAAUGCAAUUAUAUUUUAAAAGUUUGUUGAAAAGAAUAUGAAUAGCAUUGUCAUAGAUAUAAUUAAAUAUAAACAAUAUAGUGUUUUGGUUAUGGGUGAAUGUCUGAUUGAUCUACAUACCCCAGAUCUACUUUUAAGGUUUUAUUUUGGAAAGUAAGAAAUAUUAACUAUUACUGCUUCUAUAUGUUGUUAUAUUUUAUCCUCUGUGUGCUAAUACUAGUGUUAAACAUUGACUACGCAAAUACUUACUUUAUAUUUCUUGUUAAUACAUCUUUCUAAUGUCUCUUUUGUACUAUAUAUCUAUUUAUAAAAACAGGUAUUUGAUACUUAUAUAUCUAUUUAUAAUAACAGGUAUUUGAUACAUAUAUAUCAUCAAAACAAACUGUUUAAUAUUAAUAUCUCUAUAAGCUUGCAAUGUAUGAUUUAUAUGUAACUGAAUGACUCAUUUACAUUUAUACUGUUUUGAAAAUGUUUUUAAUAUAUAAUUUUUACCAAAAAUGUUGUUACAAGUGCCUUUAUUUAAAUUAACUUUUUUCUUAAAAGUUUCGGUGCUUUGAUUUACUAUUAUUUUUCACUUGAGACUUAGAACAAUUUUUUAAUUGUUGCCCAAUAUAGACAUAAAAUGAGUGCUUAUACUAAGUGUAAAUGUUUCAUUGCUCUGAAUCUUGUCAAAGGCAGUAAGGGUCAUGUCACCACAUUAAUAUAGUAACAUAAAUACGGGUUGUUUUAAUUGACAAAAUGUUGAAUCUCUUACCAGUAUUAUCACCAUGACCAUUCAUUUCUGAUAAAUUGACAGUUUUCUUCCUUUCCAUCGUUAGAUACUCAUUAUUAACAACUUGAAAUUUAAUGAAAUUGAUUACAAAUGUUUUGAAUGGAAAGAAAAUCAGUCAUUGUCAAAAUUAAGCAAGACACAUGAUAAAACUAUUUUCUUUUUCUUUAUGAUGAUGGAAGCUUGCUUGAUUAUUAACAACUUUGACCUUUUAUAUAGUAGUAAUUUGCUUAUUUUUGCCCACGGUGCUUUUUAUCAACUGCUAAGUAGCUAUUUAAUUAUGAUGGUCAGUAAAUUCAUAACACUUUGCCAGGUUAAUUUUGUUAAAAUACAUACAUUGAAAUAAGAAUUAAAUAUAAACCAGAUUGUUGUACUAUUAUGAUGCACUAUUUGACCUGUUUUAUUUUUAACCUGAGGUUUUGUUGAAAUGCAAUCAAAUGUAACCGUUAUAUUUUUAUAAUUGUUUUAUCCCAAUGGUUGUGUAGUAGACAUAUCAGUUAUAUCAAAAUAUAUACUUUUAUAAAACUA